UGGGCACAAUGCUUGCUAAGCUUGCCUUUUUCGCGUUGUUGCUGUUCGCGGUUGGCCAUGAACAGGACGACGUCAAGCUACUCGCCAGAGCCCACAACGAAUUCGGUGUGAAGCUACUGAAGCAGCUUGCCCUUGAAGAGCCCUUGUCGAACAUCGUACUCUCUCCGACUAGCAUCGCUUCUGCAUUUGGUAUGGCCUACACUGGUGCCAGAGGAAACUCGGAGGCUGAGCUUGUAUCGGUGCUCGGCCACAAUGCUGUCGGCCUCGUGGACCGUGCCAGAGUUCUCGCGUCCUACAAGAACUUGCUGCAACUAUCCAAAUCUCCGAACGUGACGCUGGACGUGGCCAACCUCGUCCUCAUACAGAAGGGUUUUCCCAUACUUGAAGGCUACCAGAAGCAGCUACGAGAUGUCUUUGAUGCGGAGCUCAGGUCCGCUGACUUCGCUAACGCCGGUUCCGGGUCCGCCGAAAAAGUAAAUGCGUGGGUGCGCGAGAAAACUCGGGGCAAGAUUUCCGGUAUCUUGCCGGAACGUCAGUCGUUGUACAUCGUCCUCUUGAUCCUGAAUGCUGUCUACUUCAAGGGCACCUGGCUGACAAAGUUUGAUGCGGCCGACACCAUGAACAGACCCUUCUUCAACAUGGGCACCUCCGAGGUAAGCAGGCCGUCGAUGCACCUCACAACGCGCCUCCCGCACACCACAAUCAACGGCCUAAAUGCGUCGGCUGUGGAAAUCCCUUACAAUGGAGGCAAGUUUGGCAUGGUCAUUGUGCUGCCAGAUAACUUCACUGGGCUCCAGGCGGUAAGGGACGGUCUGUCAGCGACUGUUAUCGAAGUUCUUGACGACAGCAUGUACAGCAAGGACGUUGUGCUCAGGCUGCCCAAGUUCGAGAUGAACCAGCGCUACGACUUGGUGCGCGCAAUGGAGGCACUUGGGUUACACGUCGUGUUCGGGCGCUCAGCGGACUUCGGCAGAAUCGUCGAUGGUGAACGCGUCCAUAUUUCCGAUGCCGUUCACGAAGCAGCCAUCGAGGUUAACGAGGAGGGAACCGUCGCCGCUGCCGUCACUGGUUUGUUCGUCAUGCCAAGCUCCUCUCUGUACGAACCACCUCCCCCGAUUUUUUUCACCGUUGAUCACCCUUUCCUGUACUACAUCAGGGACAAGGACAACAACCGCAUCCUUUUCAUCGGUGAAGUUCACAGUCUUUGACACAUCUUAGUGUCUUGAAUAAAUGUACUUAGCGGUAAUAAAUGCGGAAGACAUUUCUGUUCUGAAAUAAAUUCUGUUUUUAAAAAGU